AUGGACAAAAGGGGUGAUAACAAAGAUGAUUGCGAACAUUUCUUACGGAAUCGGUUACGCAAGGAUAACUCGACAGGUAUAUUACGAGAAAAUAUCGCGGGAGUGCUUCAGUGGGACACGUGGACCAGUGAAAUGAAGACAGGCCUUUUGCUUGUGGUUUUCAUUGUUCAUGCCUCGGGUGAAAACGCCGGUGAAAAAGAUAAACGCAGUCUGUCCGAUUUCGUCGACUCGAGUGGGUACUACGGCGCCAGAACUAUCACUUUUAUUAAAGAGAUACCGCAGCCGUAUCCUGUAGCUGUCGAGAAGAAGGUUCCGUACCCGGUGCAUGUUCCAGUCGAUAGACCUAUAGCUGUUCACGUACCUCGGCCGUACCCGGUAACCGUGGAAAAACAAGUUCCCUAUCCCGUCAAGGUACCCGUACCGCGGCCUUAUCCAGUCGAAAAGACGGUCCACGUCCCGGUAAAGGUUCACGUCGAUGUUCCAAGACCAUUUCCCGUUAUCAAACCUGUUCCGGUUUACAUCGAAAAAAAAGUGCCUGUACCUUUCGUAAAGCACGUACCUGUCCCGGUCAAAAUUCCCUACGAUGUGCCUAAGCCGUACCACGUAUCCGUCCCAGUGGAGAAGAAGGUCCCGUAUUACGUCGAGAAACCUGUGCCAUACGGCGUUCAAGAACCCAUCGAUAAGCCUUACAAAGUCAUCGUCCCAAAGCCGUACCCAGUUACUAUCGAAAAGCCUUACCCGGUGAACAUCGUGAAAAAAGUCCCCUAUGAAGUUAAAGUGCCUCAAUACGUCCAAGUGCCUGUUCCAGUGUAUGUAAAAAAGCACGUUCCCGUCCACGUCCCAGUGCACAAAAAACAUUAUUAA